UCUGAGCCGCUGCCAUUUAAUGCAUGAGAUGCUAGAAAGAGGAGACAGUGAAUCUCCUCAGGUGUCAACUGCAGCCUUCCCUUUCUCGAUCGUCAUUGUAGAAAACAUGGCAUCUCAGUUGGAAAAUGCAAUGGAGACCCUUAUUAAAGUGUUCCACACAUAUUCGUCCAAGGAAGGGGACAAGUACAAACUGAGUAAAGCUGAGCUGAAGAGUCUUCUACAAGGAGAACUAAGUGUUUUCUUAGCUGCAAGCAAAGAUCCACUGGUUGUGGAGAAGAUAAUAAAUGAUCUUGAUCAGAACCGAGAUGGAGAAGUGGACUUCCACGAAUUUGUAAUUCUGGUGGCAGCACUUACUGUGGCAUGUAAUGAUUUCUUUGUUGAGUGUAUGAAAAACUGA